AUGCAGAUCUUUGUGAAGAUGUUGACCGGCAAGACCAUUGCCGUGGACACAGAGCCAGAAGCCACAGUGGAAAGUGUCAAGAAACAGAUCGAUGAGCGCGAGGAGAUCCCUCCUAAUCAACAACGAAUGAUCUUCGCCGGCAAACAGCUUGAAGAUGGGCGUCAACUGCAAGAAUACAGCAUCAUCAAGGGAUCUACUAUUCAUUUAGUACUGCGCCUUAAAGGUGGUAUGCAAAUCUUCGUGAAGAUGUUGACUGGCAAGACCAUUGCAGUGGACACAGAACCCGAAGACACGGUGGAGAGUGUCAAGAAACAGAUCGAUGAACGUGAAGAGAUCCCGCCAAACCAGCAGCGAAUGAUUUUUGCCGGCAAACAGCUUGAAGACGGGCGUCAACUACAAGAAUACAGUAUCAUCAAAGGAUCUACUAUUCAUUUAGUACUGCGCCUUAAGGGUGGUAUGCAAAUCUUCGUGAAGAUGUUGACUGGCAAAACCAUUGCCGUGGACACAGAACCCGAAGACACGGUGGAGAGUGUCAAGAAACAGAUCGAUGAACGUGAAGAGAUUCCGCCAAACCAGCAGCGAAUGAUUUUUGCUGGCAAACAGCUAGAAGACGGGCGUCAGCUACAAGAAUACAGUAUCAUCAAGGGAUCUACUAUUCAUUUAGUACUGCGCCUUAAAGGUGGUAUGCAAAUCUUCGUGAAGAUGUUGACUGGCAAGACCAUUGCGGUAGACACAGAGCCUGAAGACACCGUGGAGAGUGUCAAGAAACAGAUCGAUGAGCGCGAGGAGAUCCCUCCUAAUCAACAGCGAAUGAUUUUUGCCGGCAAACAGCUAGAAGACGGGCGUCAACUACAGGAGUACAGCAUCAUCAAGGGAUCUACUAUUCAUCUUGUUCUACGACUGAAGGGUGGAAUGCAACUCUUUUGA